AUGGACAAAGCUCAUCCUUUUAGCAUACCCAUGGUUGUCCGACCGCUAGAUCCUCAAAAGGACCCUUACCGCCCUCAAGAAGAAGGCGAAGAAGUACUUGGUCCAGAAGUACCGUACUUAAGUGCGAUCGGUGCUCUUAUGUAUCUUGCAAAUAACACGAGACCUGAUAUUGCAUUCUCGGUACAUGUACUAGCGAGAUACAGUUCAAACCCAACACGUAAACACUGGAAUGGAAUAAAACACAUAUUCCGAUAUAUUUGCGGGACACAAGACUUAGGUCUUUUCUACCAUAAAGAUCAAAAGUCCCAGCUUGUUGGGUAUGCUGAUGCUGGAUAUCUAUCAGAUCCACAUAAAGAAAAAUCUCAAACAGGUUUAUUCACAUAUGGUGGCACAACAAUUUCUUGGAAGUCAACUAUGCAAACACUUACAGCAACGUCAUCAAAUCAUGCCGAACUAAUUGCACUAUAUGAGGCUGGUCGAGAAUACGUGUGGUUGAUAUCAAUGAUUACUCACAUACAAGAAGCAUGUGGAUUAGAACAGAUCAAGAAGGAGCCGACAAUUAUUUAUGAAGACAAUGCUGCUUGCAUAGCUUAG